AUGAAAUUACUCUCUGUAUACUUUAUUGUUGGCUGUUUUUUGUAUGAUUUUUUGAAUGGUUUCAAUUGUCCUAAUCAAAAUAAUGGAAUGUAUUCCAAUAUUAAUGACUCUCACUCAUUUUGGUAUUGUGUAUAUGGGCAAGCAUACUUAAAACCUUGUCCACAGUCAUUCAUAUGGUCACAAGAACGACGAAAAUGCGAGAAGAAACUUCCAACGUCAACAACAUCGUUACCAGCCACAGGUACGACUACGACUACGACCACAUUUAUGACUACAACUACGACUACUGUUCCAAUAGUUAAUUGUCCUAGAUUAAUAACAUUUGAUAAUAUUCCCGGCGCUGGCCGUUCUCAACAACCCUUGCCCAAUGGGUUCUCUGGUUUUCAAUGGGUGAAUGCUAACUAUAUGAAUGUCUCUUACUACGAAGAGGUUAAUGGUUGGUCGGGUUAUUCCGCUGCUCUCUCGAGUGGUCAAUAUGUUGGACUCAAUAAGGAUGGUAAAAUGUUAUCUAUGAUCAUAAAUGCAGCCAAAAGUUUCACUCUGAAAUCGAUGAUAGUAGCAUCAGCAUGGAACGAUAAUCUCACAUUAGAAAUAACGGGUAAACGGGGUGGAAGUGUAUUCAAAUCGCAACGGUUUACACUGCAAUUACAACAACAAUCAAUAGAACUUAACUGGCCAAACUUGGAAAUCAUUAAUUUCUUGUCUUAUGGAGAUGAACCAAAUUCUGAUAUAAAAGGGAAUGGACCAGAGUUUGCCCUUGAUAAUUUGUGCGUGGAAUUUCUCAAAUAA